UGUAAUCCUGCAGUGCCACCUUGUGGUCUGUUCCACUUUUAUUUUGUUAAGCGCGCGUUUCUUCUUCUUCUGCGGUUUUUGUGAAGCCGACCUUCCUGUUUCUUUGAACAACGUUGUGCUCACGCGUCAUCGGAGAAACGCUCUGAACAGCGACGUGUGUGUGUUUAUCGAGCCUGGAGAGCAUGCUAGCUGAUGGCUAACACUUAAAUUGGCGCCCUUGGAACGACGGAAUGAGGUCUUCUUCACCAUCACGUGGCACUCAGAAACUGAAGGAAACUCUGACAGAAAGAAGUCUGGAAGACCCAAAACCACAACAGAAGCAGAGGACAAGUUUCUGAGAGUCAACAGCUUGGUGAUAGGCGGCUCACAGGACAACAGCUUCAAGCACAACUUAAUAGUGGUCGUAGUAAGAAGUCUCAGUUUCAACUGUGAAGAGAAGACUUGGAGUUGCAGGUUUGACAGGUUGAGUUGCAGCAAGAAAGCCGUUGCUAAGACGUCAGAAUAAGAAAAAGACGCUGUCUGGGCCAUGAAACACCACCAAUGGACUACUGAAGACUGGAAGAAGACUCUGAAGAUGGCGGCAAACUGGCUCGGACUGCUGUCCAUAGGAGUGUUUUACUUGAUCAUACUGGGAACAGGCAUCUGGGCCUCCAAGAAGGCCAGACAUGAAGAGAAUAAGAGUCCUGGGAGCCGUAGUGAAGUCGCGAUGGUGGGAGGGCGGAACCUGAACAUAUGGGUCAGCAUAUUCACUAUGACAGCCACGUGGGUGGGAGGAGGCUAUAUUUUGGGUAAUGCUGAAGUGGUCUACGAUCCAACAAAGGGGUUGGUGUGGGCCAUCGGACCUUUUGCCUUUGCAAUGAACCUGGUUUUGGGUGGACUCUUCUUCAUCAAACCCAUACGCUCAAAGAACUACGUUACCCUCAUGGACCCGUUUCAAGAGAAAUAUGGCAACACUGUAGGUGCUGUUCUGUUCAUUCCUGCCCUAAUGGGAGAUAUCUUGUGGGUAGCAUGCAUUCUUGGUGCACUAGGUGGGACAGUCAGCGUGGUCAUGGAUAUCUCCUCCUCCCUGGCUGUGGGAAUCUCUGCAUCUGUGGCGAUCCUUUACACAUUAAUGGGAGGACUGUACUCUGUGGCCUACACUGAUGUCAUCCAGCUUAGCUUCAUGCUCAUUGGCUUGUGGCUUUGUGUACCAUUUAUUCUGACAAGCCCCCAUGCUGCUAACUUCACUGUUGCUGCAGUGACCAGUGUGCACCAGGAGAAUUGGCUUGGCAAGCUGGAGCCUGAAGACACAGGUCGCUGGAUAGAUGACAUACUGCUACUGGGCAUUGGAGGGAUCUGCUACCAGGCUUUCUACCAGAGAGUCCUGUCCACAGCCACUGAUGCCCAAGCUAAGAUGACCUGCUAUGCUGGAGCAGUUUUAUGCCCAAUCCUUGGCAUCCCAUCACUCAUCAUUGGGGCAGUUGCAGCAUCUACCAAUUGGAACCAGACCACGUACGGCUCACCCAGCCCAUAUGAACAAGGAAAAGCUGGCAUGAUCUUGCCAAUUGCCCUUGAGCAUCUCUGCCCUUUCUACAUCUCAGUGGUCGGUAUAGGAUCACUCGCUGCAUCCGUGAUGUCGUCGGCCGACUCUGCACUUUUGUCUUCUGCCUCCCAACUAGGCCGGAAUAUCUUUAAGAACAUUGUUUAUAAACAAGCAUCAGAAAAAACUAUCCUUGUGGUGGUUAAAGUGUCAGUGCUCCUUUGUGGACUGAUGGGGAUGGCCCUGGCUAUGACAACUUCAUCUGUUCACCUGUUCUGGGUGGUCAGCGCAGACGUCUUGUAUUCAAUGAUGUCUCCCCAGGUCAUAUGCAUCUUCUUCUUACCCCGGUGGGUGAACCAGUAUGGAGCCUGCUCUGGCUUUGUGUUGGCACUACUGCUGAGAGCUCUGGUCGGGGAACCUCUGAUAGGUCUUCCUGAUGUUCUGCCUCUGCCGUGGGACAAGAUACAGGAGGAUGGUCACAGACAUCGCUUGUUCCCUUUUCGUACUGCCAUUAUGCUCGCCACAAUUGGAACUAUUUUACUAGUAUCACAGCUGGCUGAGUGGCUGGAGAGGCUUCUGAAAAGGGAUGCUGGAAGGGAGCGCAAUGCAUAUUACUUGGCCAAAAUCCAGAUGGAUGGUGAGGAAAGCGAAAAGCUGAAUAACUAAGAUUGAGAGAAGCAAUACAGAAAGCGAAUCCGAGAUUGAAACGAGUUGGACAUUCCUUUGCUGGCAAAACAUGUUGUUUUCAUUAUAUAAAUGGAACAAACUCAUGAAAACAAUGAUAUUUAGCUGUGUAGAGAAUAUUUCUUCGUAUGUCUUACUUUAUUAGGGCCUGGGUUUCUAAACCACAUUGGGGUGAGUCAGGGAGAGGGUGUCAGCUGACACGGAAAGUAAACCUCAAAACCUACCAGAGGGGUUUGAAAGGCAUAAAAAAGCCAAAAAGACAUAAUUUAUCAGAGCCAGAUAUAGUAAAAUCAGAAAAAUGUCACCUGAUUUUCAACUUUUUAAUGAUCCUUGACCAAUUGUUCCAUCACAAAACUUGACCAAGUUUACCAGCCUAAAUUAGUAAUAUUUCAUCAAAAUCACUUAAUUCUACAGGUGACAGAAAAUUUGCCAAAAUGGGUUAGAAAAUAAAGAACACAGCCAUGAAAAAAGUUUUUUGUUGGCAGAACUAGGCUGAACUGCAGGCCGUGUUUACGUGGAAGCAAUAGACAAAUACAGAAUCAAAUUAAAAAUGUAGAAUAUCUGUAACAUGUAGUCAGCUCUUCAGAUU